AAAACAACCCCCCCCCCCCCACACUCAAUUGUUCAUCAUGAACGUGACGGACACCAACUGCAGCCUCAACUCAGUGGAGUAUCAGUACUACCUCUUCCCAGUGGUCUACAUCCUGGCGUUAGUCGUGGGUCUACCUGGAAAUCUGGCUGCUCUCUUCGUCUUCACCUUCAAGAGCACCCCUCGCACAGCCUUCAGCGUGUUCAUCAGCAACCUGGCCCUGGUGGACAUCCUCAUCCUCUGCACUCUGCCCUUCAGGAUCCACUACCACCUCAACAGAGAUGACUGGGUGUUUGGGGACGUCGCCUGCCGCAUCACUGGGGUCCUGUUCUACUGCAACAACAACAUGAGCAUCUGUUUAAUGGCUUGUAUCUGUGUGGACCGCUACAUGGCCACGGUGCAUCCUCACGCCUACCAGAGGCAGCGGAGGCCCUGGCACUCUCUGGCCGUGUGCGUGGCGCUCUGGUGCAUCGCUGGAGUGGCGAUGCUGGUCUUCGUCGUCUUGGGGCCUCUGGAAACCAACGUCAACCAAUCUGAAAGACACAGCUGUUUCGAGAACUUAUCUAAGCAAGAGUGGGCCACACGUGCAGGGGUGUACAACCUACUGGGCCUGAUCUUAUUCUCCCUGCUGCCCUCCGUGAUCAUCCUGGUGUGUUACCCGCUGGCUGUGAAGCGCAUCUCCAUGAUCAGGACUAACAAAGCCCAAAGAGCCUUGAGGGUCAUUUACACCAUCCUGGCCAUCACGCUGCUCUGCUUCCUGCCCAACCACCUGGUGUAUCUGCUGUACCUCCUGCAACGCAUGGAUGUCAUCAAGACAUCCUGCACCGCCGCCAACCGCAUCUUUGAAGCCAGGAGGGUAACCAUGGCCCUCGUCACCCUCAACACGUGCCUGGACCCUGUGCUGUACUAUGUCACCACCAACCACUGCAAAUGGAGGCGCUUGAAGGUGACAUGGCUGUGUGGACGAGUGCAUAGGAGCAGAGAUGUUAGUACGAUUGCAGUGGACCGAGAAGCUGAACCUGUUGAUAUAUAACUUAAAUAUAACUCUGCUUUCCUUGUCUAUAUAAUUAACUGGAGACAUUUAUAUAAAAGUGUUUAUCAUCAAAAUAAAGGGACGGAUCGAAAACAGGCUUCUGAUUUUCUUUAUCUUGUGCAGUUGUGUCUUGUAAUGAGUCUAUAACAAGCAGACGUUAAGAAUAAACAUGUGAGGAUUGUGUUUGGUGUUGUGGUGUUUUGUUGUUUCUCCUCCUUCCCUUCUUGUUCUCCCUGUGCAGGUUGUGGGUGGCAGGGGGCGUGGCAGGCUCCUGCUGCAGCGGACAAGGCACACCUGCUCCCAAUUUCAUCUCAUCAUUCCCUCCAUAAAAGCCUGGUCGUCUCACCACUUCAGUGCCAGAUUAUUCCGUCUACUUCGGUAGCUGUUGCGCUGCAGAAUGCUCGACCCUUGUGUCUUUUGGAUGUCUUCUACCCUUUGUGUUUUCCUUCAACCCAGAACCUUUGUGUGCCUCACCGCUUGACUCCUCAUCCUCUUCUCAACCAGGAUCUCCAAACCAGCCAGCACCCUGUCGCUCCAGCCUUCAUCUACCUCUCCUACAAAUAAACUCUGUUCUUUUACCUCCAACAACUCGUUUGUGUCUGCAUUGGGGGCAUUUAGUG